CGUUUCGGUUCCUGUGCGAGAGAGACUAGUUUUUUAAACAAGUUAGCUGCGGAGAGGAAUCUUUGUUAGGCUGUCACAUCUAGGAUGUGUACUUCAGAACUGGAUGCAACAGUGUGCUUUCUGUUCUUUAUGAGACGAAGAUCUCGAUAAAGCGCCGUACGUAAUGGAAGAACAGGCUAAAUGUUUUAAAUGUACGUUUCGUCUUAGUUCGGUUGGAUUGGUGUUGUAACGUCUAGUGAACCAUCAAUGUCCGUGCGCCAUUCCUCAGACGUUUUAUCUUGAAUCAACGUGAAUGUACAACACAAGAAAUAUGUCCGUAAUGCCGAUUGUUCAGGAAACGGAUUCGUCCAAUUGCACGAUCAUCAUCUUCGUAACUAUAUGGCUGAUAACCUUUACGACAGCAUUGUCAAUAAUGCAAUGGGAGCAUAUGUGGAUCGUUCUGGUGGCGUUAACGAUAAUCUUUCUGCUUGCGUGCAUAUAUCACGCCUGCAAAGUGAAGAAAGUUCAUGAAGAAAGACUGCGCGAGCAUCAAAGAAUAACGAGAAUUCGAACUGUUUCGGGCUUAACAGAUCACGGAGAGACUGAUUAUAGAACUCAGCCAAAUAUGGACUCACCGCCGUCUUACUCGUCCGUGGUAUCUGCACGAGAACCGCCGUUACGUCACGUGGCGGUAACUAUCGAUCGAUCCGGUGAGGAAAAAGUCGAAGAGCCGCCAUCGUAUUCGCUCGUAAUUGGUUCUACGAUUUUGCAAAACCAAAACGCGACAAUCUCGAGCGAAUCAAACGUGUUGUUACAUUCCGCGCCCACAAAAAAGGAAGGCGUUGCUGGUGAUGCUGCCACUUCCGAUGUUUGUGUGAGAAACGGCUGAUACAUUGCUCAGGAAACAUAUGUGCGUGUCUGAAAACCAAAAACGUGUUCCCUCAAACAUGUCUUAUUCGAAGAAGAAAUGAGACGUCUUUUAGAUUUUAUUAAGAGACGUCCAAUUUUAUUCAAUUGGCCUGUGGGAUGCAAUACAAUAUAUAUUUAAUACAAUAUAUAUUUUACACAGACCAUUUUUUCUAUCACAUAGUUUUCAAACUGCAGCAAUAAUGCGGAUAUUAAUCAUAAUAUUUAACGGUUAUUAUAUCAUAUUGCAUAGCGCAUAAGAG